ACGUCAUUGAUAUUUCCUGGGUCGAUCGUCGUAUUCGCCGGAAAAUUAAACAGAAUGCAGCGAGUAAAAUGCGUCUUCUAGCGCUCGUUUUAACGAGCCUCUUCGACCUUCUACGUUUCGCUCAUGGCCAGGAUUUUAUAGUUACCAGACAUUCCGAUGGAGACAUCUUCACGCUUGAAGGUUCAUGUACAGAUACUUGUACAGUGCUCAGCAGCGGAACCGCCAGAUCUUUAUCCAGCAAUCCUUCGACGUUAACUCUACCACCAUUCAACACUUCCUGUUCCUGUCAGUGCAACAACAGUCUACCAAUUUUCCGAGAAGAUCUUCAAAUUUGUGUCAACGAUAUCCACGAAUGCAGUGUUGCUGGAUUUCUAAGCAAUUCGGGUCUAAUCGAGCGAGUGCCAUACGUUUUUCUACCGCAACGUGGUCAAAUUAUUUAUCCACAUGCCGAAAUUCGUUUCGAAGGCGUAACUACUCCUGUUUGUGGAAUAACUGGAGCUCGACAGUUAGGAAAAUCAGGAUGGUCGGAAUUGAGAAAUCUGUCAGAUGCAGAACCCCCAUUUAGAUUGUUUCGCGACGAAGGGAAAACUUUUCUUCAGUGGAUUGGCGAAAGUGGAUUGAGAGAUGCUACAGAAGGUCGAGUAGUAAUUGCUAAACUUAUCUGCAGAGAUGCAUCACCACAACAAAACAAUACUGAUGUCUUUGCACCUUGUGUUGCAUUUAGAGUUGCUGGAUCACCGUCGAGAAACAACAUUCGAGAAAUAAUAUUUACAUCGACGUCUCAAGUUUCGCAAGGACUUUCGGCAACUGAAUACGCUGCUAUUGGUCUUUCCUCUGUCAUUUUAGCUGUCAUAUACGUAACUAGUGUAUCAUUGUAUCUUCAUAGUAGAAGAGGAAAAAGAAAAUCAAUUGAAGAAGCAGAAAUUACUUUACCUAGUCCAAGGGAAGGUAUUGGCGGUAGUGGUGUUGGUGGUGGUUUGAUAAAAAACAAUCCAUUAUUAAUCGCACCAAGACAUUUGGAAAAUGAUACCAACAGCGUAUUAACUGAAAACGAAUUGGUAGAUGAUUUGGUUCAGAGCGAUGAAGAACAAAAUUGUGAACAUAAUCAGUUCACUUCUGCAAUCGUUCAUCCACGCUAUGUAUAUCUGGACCAUUCUGAAACUGUAUUUGGAUCUGGUUCAAUGCUUGGAGAGAGAUUACCUGAAGAGGAUGUCAGAAUCAUUGAAACAAUAGAUAGUUCUCAUCAACAAGAAGUACCGGUACUUCCAGGUACUCAACGAAGAAAAUUAUAUUUCAAUCCUGCAUACUUUGACAGGCAAUUGUUACUUUCUCCACCUCCAGCAGCCAUCGAAUUUCUUCUUAAAAUUCGUGAAGUUAUUUCUAUCGCGAAACAUAAGAUGGCUGCCAAAAAAUUUGUUCCUACUCUCAUUGGUAUUCCAGAGGAAGAAAGUGACGUAGAGCAUAGUAAUUUAGCUAAUAAACAGAAACAACAAGAAGAACAAAGACAACGGCAAAGAUCAAUUUCGAGCUCGUCUCAGAAUAUGUCGACGAAAUCGAAAAAAUCAUUAAGAUGUACAGGCUGUCCAGGUUGCGCAGAAUCAUAUAAAAAUCUAACGAUAUAUCCAAGAAAUGAUCAACCUAGCCAAGGUGAAAGUAAAGUUCGAGCUUGGCUCGAAGAUGUUAAGCCAAAUCGUUCCCAUUGGCUCGAAAAGAUCGAACAAGAACAAAAGAAUUUCCAUGGCGAUAGGAAAACUUUCGUAAGAAAUUUCGAAUACGUGAAGGAAUUAGCAAAAUGUGAUUUUCUUGAAUUUCACAAAGAAACAAGAAAAUGUUCGUUCUCUUGGCACGACAAUUCAUCCUUUCUAAGAAUUUCGAGAAAUAUUCAUCAGCCAAUUACCAAAAGUGAAAUUUUAGAAAACGAUGAUCGUUAUAGUGUCUCCAAAAGAUCAACAAAAUCCAUGUUCGAAAAUUCGAGUUACAUUCAAGAACGUAAUAGCAAUAAAGAGACUCAUUAUAUCGCUGAAGAUAUUGUUAACGAGAAAGUAAGAAAAGCGAUAGAAAAUUCUUUUAUCAAACAAAUGGAAGAAAAUGCUGCGAUUGAAAAGAAAGAAGCCGAAAUAGAGAAUGAUAAUAAAGUAUCGAAAAAUGAUACUCAUCAAAAUGAUAACGAUGCCAAUGAAAGAGUAAAGAAAUCGAAUGGCGAACUACCAGAUAUGAUAAACGAAUUGCCUGGUACAAAGACCACAGCCAAGCGAAUAAUGGACGCUGUGAUUCGUGAGAUGGUAGACGCUAAAGUAUUGGAACAUUAUUCGAAAUCUGUAAAAAUGAGUGAUUACGAAGUUGAUAGUUUGGAACGUUUCAAAUACAAUAGAAAAUCAUCAACGUCAUCAGAAUCGAUAGAUCAAUCAAGUCCAACUUUAUCAACGGCAUUACCUUUGGAUGAGGAAUUGACGAUACAAAAUGCUGUAAUUAAUGGUAAAACCGGUGAAACUGUAUUAUCAAAAUUGAAGAAGGACGUUUUGGAGAAGAAUUAUUAUAAUGCUUUGCCAGAAUUAAUAAUGCAAAGAUCUGAAGCUUAUUCUCUCGUCAGUGAAGUUUAUGUUAACGACGGAUACGUAAGUCCAGCUGGUAGCGAUGAUUCUGGUCCUGACAUAAGAUACGAACCAGAAAAUCCUGGACAUUUGACGAUCAAGGUACAAGAUUCUCCAGAUAAUUAUGUUAAACAGGAUGAAUCUGAAUACGAGCCGGAUACUUUGGAUAGGAAACCAAUGAAAUUAAAAAUAAAUGGUGAUAUAAGUACCGAUAAGGAAACGAUAAAUGAAAUAUUUAUGGAUUCAUUGGAAAGGCCGGCACAGAUAUUAUUAAAAAGUAAAGGUAGUUUUCGUUGCGACGAUGAUCAAGAACAAUGUGAUUACGAUCCUUUACAAAGACGAGGCUACGGUAGUCUUCGUGAAAUAUAUGAAGCUAAAUUAAGAUCGAAUUUAAAGGAAUCAAAUUUCUUAGGUAGUAGUAACUCUUUAAACGGUGAAACCAGUGAUAGCUUAUCAUGGAAAAAAGAGAAAUAUUUAACUCCGGAAAAGAGACAAGCUAAGAGACAAAGAUCAGCAAAUUUUAAUCAACCGGACGUUGUACCAUUACCACCGACAGAAAGUAUAUAUCAAUCUCCAAAAGCACCUAUACCUGUUGAAGAAGCAAUAAAACACCAACAACCGAUCAUUCCUUCGUCUUCAUUGCCAUCAAAAAACGGCUUAUGGGGCAGGAAUAAUGUCGAAGCGGUUGACCCUACGGCCAGCAACGGCUCUCCUGUCCAAAACAAUGGCUAUGAAGUAGGGUAUAAUAACGAUCAAUAUUAUUGUCAUAGGAAUCUUCAAAAACCAUCAACUUCAUUGUUCGAUCUGGAAUAUCCUGAUAAUAACAAUAAAUGUUCAAGGUUUCAAGAACAUUUAUCAUCUUCUUCUGGUAACUUAGAAGAAUAUCAAAAUGAUUUGGAACGUGAUGAUGGAUCGUUGAAUCAAAUAAUUUCAGAAAAAUCAUCACAAGGAUCUAUGAAAAUUGAGGAUAAUGGAUAUCUCAGUAGUACCGAUAGUAAUAGUUCUCGAAAACGAUUAUUGAAAUCAGAAGUUAGCAGUGUCUCUGAAACGGAUGAAACAGAAUCUAUUUGCGAUGGAGCUAGCGAAAGUGGAGCUGAGAGUAUCGGUACUGACAGUGUUUUCUUCGGUAAUUUACAAAGAAUUUCUGAUGCUACGAAUUCAGAUGUUCUGUUAAAAACAAGAGACUUGCAUGAUCGAUCCUUCGAUCAUAGAAUUUAUCAAAGAACGAAUUUUAAUCCCAACGAUAAUAAAAGAGAAAAUUUUAUUACCGUUUUGCUACCUAAUUCUAGUUAAACGAAUUAAAUCGUUUCUCUUCAGAAUAUAUACUGACAGAUUCUAAUGAGACGUUUCAAACGUUAAGAAUUUGUUAAGAAAUAAAAGAAGAAAUGCACAGUCCUUAGAUGGAUUAAAAAUUUGCAGAUGAUUUUCUCAAAAUCAAUUACUUUUUUCGAGGUUUUUGUAAACGAAUAUUU